UAUCAAUCAUGCAAAAGACUUGGCUUUCAGAAAAAUGUCUAAACUUUAAGCAAUGUUCUUCCUAAAAUAAGCACCCCUCUAAAAUACAAUACCUUUCGGCCCACACCAACUAAAUUAGGCCUUGUUUGAAAUCGCGAAAUGAGAGUCCUUCUGGGCACCAAAUGCUUUCUGAACCUCUGCAAGCACCGGAUACGAUGGCACCACAAGGGCAGUUCCUAUCUACCUCCUCAGCAGCUCUACGAUGUAGCAAGGAAUGUCAUCAGGACCCACCGAUUAGCACUUUCCGCACGAUUUCUAUCAGGCAAAGGAAAACCACCGGAAACUCCAACUUUGGAUCUAAUUUGUCGGGCAUUGGCAUCAGCGAAAAACUCUGUUGACGGUGGCAAGCCGAAAAAUCCAUUAAAACUUGAAUCCAUGGGUCAGAUAUCUACUGGUUCCAGCAGCCAGGCAUUUACCAAAAAUACUCUUCCUAUAAAAGAGGAGAGCAAAACACUAUUGAAAAGCGAAUUGGAACCGGAGUUGGUGUACUCAAAAGCUCCGGAAGUAUUCAACUGCAAGAACUGUUUUGAGUAUAGUUCGGAAAUAAUGAUUGUGAACUGUAAAGAUUGCAUUGGAGAUAACAAUCAAUCCACAGAGUCAGUCAUGGGAAAGGGGACGUUAAUACUGCAGGACGAUAGUACAAACGAACCAACCAGUGCUUUAAAGGAGCCUCCAACUUCUGCAUCAAAACCAUCGGUUGGCGACUCUCCACCAUCUAUUGCUGCAAAGAACACAUCACUACUACAGGAAAAUAGUACAAAUCAACCAAAUAGUGCUUUAAAAGAGCCUUCAACAAAUCAACCAAGAAGUGCUUUAAAAGAGCCUUCAACAAAGCCUGCAUCAAAACCAUCGGUUGUCGAAUCCCAACCAUCUGUUGCUGCAAAGAAACCUCCAGUGUCACCAAGUUCAACUUCUCUCAAUGAGAGAUUUACCAUGCCCCAAAAAUCCGCUUUUCCCUUGGGAAGAAACCCCUGUACAGACGGCAAAAAAACUACAAAAUCUAAAUGUCCGCCACCCAAACCCAAACCUUGCACCUCAUCGGAAGGUGAACACAAACCACCGGCUAAAAAAAAGCCACCUUCAAAACCCAAACCAAAAAAUCCACCUAAAACCGUCGAUUCUAGUGCAUCAGGUGCACAGAAAAAGGAAAAUGAUCCUGCAAAGCCAAGGAUCGCAAAUACACCUUCGAAUAAACCUCCAUCAGAAAAAUCCUCUGCAAAUCCCAAGGUUGGAUUUUCUAUGCCGUCGAAUACGGCUUUUCCAUUGGGCAGAAAUCCCUGCGUUGAUGGGAAGAAUGAAAAGAAAGGACCUAAAUGUGCAGCCUCGAAUCCAAAGCCACUACAAAAAGCCGAGAAAGACGAUAGGAAUCGAACGGAAAUUAGCAAAAAUGCAGCUCCGAUUAAAAAAGCAGCUACUGUACCAAGUGGAUCACCUAAACCUCCGGAAAGUGUCGUACCAAAAGCCAAACCUCCAAAGAAAAAGUCAAUGAGGCAGGGUAUUGUCAAUCCAAAGGAGCCUACGGUUAAACCAAAGAGUCCUCCGGUUAAAACAAGGAGUCCUCCGGUUAAAUCCAGUGCUUCUCCUAAACCGGCUCCUAAAGCUAUCGUACAACCAAAGAAUAAAGAGCUACCAGAGCUGUCAACUUCCCGUUUUUCCAUGCCACUGAUGUCAGCUUUUCCCAUUGGAAGAAAUCCCUGCCGGGAUGGCCCAAGGGGAUCAGCCAAGGAUGAAAGUCCAUGCGGUAAAAAGGUGGUCAACAUUUGCCAAUCAGGAUCCGAUUCCUGUAAAGCUAAAAAGAAUAGAUCGAAUAACGCCAAAUUAAACGUUGUUCCGCAAAAAGCUGUUAAGAAAUCCGAUGCAUCAAAGACGAAGGCUUCCGUAGAACCACCGCCUCCUGCACCACCAGUCAAGGAAAUUCCUGUGACUUCUGAUCCGGAGAAACCUGCACCCAAAGUUCGCAGUCACACAGCAGAAAAAGCACCAAUGCCAAAAGGCAUAGAAGCCAAGGAAUCUCCAGCUUUACAGCCUUGGCCUGCAACUUCUAAGACAGAAAUCAGAACAUCUACUGAGCAAAAAGUAAAAUCUCCUACACCAGUUUCUUCAGAGCCGAAAUAUGUAGGACCAAAAAGAUCGAAUUGCGAAGUGAAAACACAAUGCGCUGCUACAAAAGCCAAGAAAAUACCAAAGAAAUGUGAGGAAUCGAGGGUGCGUCACCUAGCCGAUGCCAACAACGAUCCAAGUACGAAACCCAAGUUAAAAAAGUUUCCAGCACUUCCGCUCAAGCAAAGUAUCGCCAGUUAUUUAAGCAGUAUUGAGCCAUUUCUUAGCAAAGAGGAACUCAAAGUGCAACGGAAGGUGACCAAGGAGUUUGUGGACAACGAAGGUACACAACUCCAGGAGCUUCUCGAGAACGAAGCCGAGCGUUCGGACAACUGGCUAACUCCCAGAUGGACACGUUCCGCAUAUUUGACCUAUCAGGCUCCAUUGACCGUCUUCUCCAGUCCGGGUCUCUCCUUUCCCAUUCAGAAGUUUGAUGGAACCAAUGAUUUUCUCAACUUCACAGCUAAAGCCAUCUACGGUAUGUGCGAGUUCAAGCAGCUAGUUGACCAAAACAAAAUUCCAGUGGUCAAGAUGGGCAAACAUUAUCUGGACAACAGCCAGUUUGCCAAGAUCUUUGGCACGGUUCGCAAGCCAGGUCGAUUCUGCGAUAUCAUCGAGCAGUACAAUGAUGCCGAUUAUAUUGUGGUCGUAUAUAAUAAUAAUUACUUUAAGUUGCCCAUUUACUCCGAAAGUGGAACAUUGUUGCAUGUGCAUACACUGAAAGACGCGUUGGCGGAUAUACUUGAAUGUCCACUUGAAGUAGGCGAACACUUUGGCCUUUUGACCCACGACAAUAGAAGCAACUGGGCUGAGGCGUAUACAGUACUCUGUCGACUUCAUGGAAACGCAGAUACCGUGGAGACCAUUGAGCAGUCCCUGUUCGUGGUCUGUCUGGACAAGUGUGUACCCACUCUGAAGGGCGAGGAGAGGGUUGUCCAGGCCCAUCAGCUCCUCCACGGUGGUGGAGUGCGUCAGAACAGCGCCAAUCGUUGGAUGGACAAGACCAUUCAGCUGAUAGUCAAUCCAAAUGGCCUGGCCGGAUUUUGCUAUGAACAUUCGCCCGCGGAUUGCCAGCCACUCGCCAUGCUGAUGGACUUUGUGCAGCAGAAGGUCCAUGAGGAGAACUAUGGCUGCGGUGGCUGUGAGGCGGACAAGAAGGUCACGUCCACCCUGUUGAAAUUCCAGCCAGUGAACGAGUGCAUCAAUUUGUGGUUGUGCCAGGCAAGGCGAAAUAUUAAGAGGAUCGCCAGCCAGCUGCAGGUGAAUGUGAUGCAGUUCGAGUGCCAUGGCAAGUGCUUCAUCAAGGCGCAGGGUCUGAAUCCGGAUAGCUACAUCCAGAUGGCCCUCAGUCUGGCCUACCACUCCAUGCACCAGAAACUACCCGCUCAGUAUGAGUCCGCUCACCUAAGGAUCUUCCAUGAGGGGCGCACUGAAACCAUUAGAUCCACGUCCAAUGAAUCCAAGGCCUUCCUCAUGGCCAUGCAAUCGCAGACGGCUUCAAUGAGUGAGAAAUUGUCUGCACUUCAGAAGGCGGUGGAUGCCCACGAAAGGUUGAUCAAAGAGGCCAUUAAUGGACAGGGCAUCGAUCGGCAUUUGUUUGGCCUACAGGCGAUGGCUCUGGAAAAUGGAAUGCCACUACCGGAAUUCUUUCGGUCCAAGGGUUACGUCAGAUCGGUGACCUUUCAACUCUUCACCUCUCAGGUAGCCACCUCCCACGAAGGAUUCAUGGCAUACGGACCACUGCUGUCCGAUGGAUAUGGAGUCUGCUACAACCCACAGGAAAAAAAGAUCAUCUUCGCCAUCUCCGCUUGGAAGAGUUGCCCACAAAUCAACGUCAUACGAUUUGGCAAAGCCAUCAAGCAUUCCCUAAACGACAUGAGAAAACUAAUCCUGAACACAGGAGGUGAUUCUGUGGGCGAGCAUCCAUGUAAAUGCGAGAAAAUACUGCUCUAGAAGGGCUUACCCUAUAGAUUUCUGUUCAGAUACCAUCUUGUAUUACGUUUCAGAACAAGGCAAAUGUACACUCGUUUUUUUUAAGUUGCAUUAA